CGGAAGUCGACCGCCGGUCGGACCCGGCCCUGCCCGCAGCGAGUCCCAGCCGCCCGCGGGCCCCGGAGCCUGCCCGCACCGGGUCCACCUGUCCUGCAGUCUGAUGCCUGUUCAGCCCUCCGACCACCUGGAAUGGAAUGAGUCUAUGCACUCCCUCCGGAUAAGUGUAGGGGGCCUUCCUGUGCUGGCGUCCAUGACCAAGGCUGCAGACCCCCGCUUCCGCCCCCGCUGGAAGGUGAUCCUGCCAUCCUUUGUGGGCGCCGCCAUCCUCUGGCUGCUGUACUCCCACCGACCGCCCCCAGGCAGACUCCCCGCACCCAAUGCCCACAACUGGAGGCUCGGCCAGGCACCUGCUGACCAGUACAAUGACACCUACCCCCUGUCUGUCCCCCAAAGGACGCCAGGUGGGACUCGGUACCGAAUCGCAGUUAUCGCCGACCUGGACACAGAGUCAAGGGCCCAAGAGGAAAAUACCUGGUUCAGUUACCUGAAGAAGGGCUAUCUGACCCUAUCAGACAGCGGGGACAAGGUGGCCGUGGAGUGGGACAAAGGCCACGAGGUCCUGGAAUCCCAUCUGGCAGAAAAGGGGCGGGGCAUGGAGCUGUCCGAUCUGAUCGUCUUCAAUGGGAAACUGUACUCUGUGGAUGACCGGACAGGGGUUGUCUACCAGAUUGAAGGCACCAAGGCUGUACCCUGGGUGAUUCUGUCUGACGGCGAUGGAACUGUGGGGAAAGGCUUCAAAGCUGAGUGGCUGGCUGUGAAGGACGAGCAUCUGUAUGUGGGCGGCCUGGGCAAGGAGUGGACCACCACCACGGGGGAGGUGAUGAACGAGAACCCGGAGUGGGUGAAGGUGGUGGGCUGCAAAGGCAGCGUGGACCAUGAGAACUGGGUGUCCAGCUACAAUGCCCUGCGGGCCGCCGCUGGGAUCCGACCGCCAGGCUACCUCAUCCACGAGUCUGCCUGCUGGAGUGACACACUGCAGCGGUGGUUCUUCCUGCCGCGCCGCGCCAGCCACGAGCGGUACAGCGAGAGGGAUGAUGAGCACAAGGGCACCAACCUGCUGCUGAGCGCCGCCCAGGACUUCGGCGACAUCUCUGUCAGCCACGUGGGGGAGGUGGUCCCCACACACGGCUUCUCAUCCUUCAAGUUCAUCCCCAACACUGAUGACCAGAUCAUCGUGGCCCUCAAAUCCGAGGAGGACAGCGGCAAGGUUGCUACCUACAUCAUGGCCUUCACACUUGACGGACGCUUCCUUCUGCCAGAGACCAGGGUCGGAGGUGUCAAGUACGAAGGAAUAGAAUUUAUUUAAACUGAAGAAAUGAAGCUGUUGAGCAAGGCCGAGGAGUGGGCAGUUUUAAGCUACAUCAGGACUCAGAUUUCAUAAAUACCAGAGGACUGCACUUUUAUGUGGUGUUUUGUUUGCUUUUUUUUCUUCUCAGAACGCUGCGGCAGAUGCGCGAUAUAGAGGUCUCCAGAACGGGGCUCAGCCCCAGGUGUGUGAGCAGAGGUCUGAUUUCCUGGAGCUGGGCAGGGGCUGCCAGCGCAGGCUCUCACCCACCGGUCCUCUGCGCUGCCAGCUGGUGGUAGAAGCUGAUCAUUGCAGGCAUCUUAAUUUGGGGCCCAUCCUCUCUGAUUCUGCUAGGUCCUUUCUUUCUUCCAUCUGACCUCCCUCUUUCUUUCCAUUUGUUCUUUUGUUCAAUAAAUUUUUCUUGAGCUGUUACUCUGUGUCAAGCACUGUGCUCCCUCGGGGAACACAAUAGUGAGUUGGAAGUGGACCUGACCGUCGGGAACUUCCAUGCCACCCCUUUUCUUCCUCCUCGUGAACCUCGGGCAUUAAAUCCUCCCCUCCAGGUCCUCGGGAAAACACCUGUGUACACUGCAGGAUGCUACAGGGCUGUGAGUGAGGGCAGGCCCCGUGGAGCCCUCUGCCCAAGUGCUGCAGGGAAGGGUGCGGGCUCCUCCCUCCAUCCCAAGCUGCACGUUAGACAUCUCAAGUCCAUGGGGCGACUCCAUGUUCUCCCUUCAGGAAAAUUCUGUGGCUACGUAGCACUUUGACGUUUUAAUUAUUAUUUUAAUUAAAGCCAUUCCUUUUGUCAUAGAAUGGAAUUGCCAAAUCUUAUCUCACAGAGCAAAGUCCCAUCGUUAAAUUCAUUCUCAGCAGUGGAGGAAAUUGUAAUUAAGCAGUUAGAGUUGGUGAGGCAAGUUUAUAAUUGUUUCUAAGUCCUUGGCCAGAGGAUACAAAGAUAAAGAAAACAUUGCCUUUUUCUGGCAACUAUCAGAAAUUGUCAUGCCUUUAAAGCCUUCCAUGAAUGACUUGAAUUUUUAUUUCCUGACUCAGUGAGACCCAGGUUCUGAGGGCCAGCAACCGGCUCCAGGCACUGGGCUGCUUUACUCUGGAGGUUGUGACGAGGCCUGCCCGGCCCUGCGCUUUCCGUCCCUGGUCUUUUAUUUCUCCUCUUCCCUGUGGGAGCUUUGCAGCCUCUUCUCCGUGGAAGCUCUUCACGCAAACCUUGGCUUGUCUUCGUCCCUGUGGUCUUUUCUCAGUGCCCCAGGGUAAAGGCAGAGAGUUUGGGACAGGUCAGCCGGGACCAAAGCCUAGAAGGGCCGUUGCCAUCCACCCACAGUGCCCCUCGCCCAGAAGCUACCUCACCCCCCAGGAGAAUGUAGGGCUACUGUGAUGGCUGGGAAGGGCCAUCUUGUAGGCUCUGACUCUUACUGUGUGGAUCCCUGUGUCACAGACUUUUCCCACUUUGAAACUGUAAUACAGCUGCUAGGAGGGAACCCAGUAAGGAUGGUUGUCUGUCUGUUGUCUGGUUGUCUGUUUCUUCCAAACAAAUGGCAGAAGAACGGAAACAAGCUAUUGAAUGUGACACACAUCUCUAGAACUCGGCUCCCAUACAUAUCCCUCCCGGACAUAGCCCGGAGGACCCAAGUCUUUUCUGACCUUGCCUGGCUGGGCUCCCUGGCCCACCUCCUUGAUGAACUGUCAGGGCUGUGUGAUUUUAAAACUACAGAGAUGAAACUUGGAGGACUGGAAACAGUCCCUAAGUUGAGACCUCUCUGCCUCAGCUGUGGCCUAAGUGCCCAGCAGCAGCAUUUUCACACUCAGUGAUUUUCAAAUAUUUCCAGGCUAGCCUUUUCCCCCCUCUAUAUUCGCUGCUGUAAGCGUAAUGAUUGUGUUCCUUCCUAUUGGAGCCAUUGUUUUGUAAACAAUAAAGUGCCAGAGGGGCCUGUGAGUA